ACCACCAUUACAAUAUUACAUAUAGGAUAGCUUCUCAUGAUAUCUAAUUAGUAUUAUUGUGUUUGGAUUUUCUUAAACCAACUUCCGGAAUUUAAUCAAAUUAAUGGGUUCUCUAAUGUCUGGAUGGGAUUCGCCUAUUUUCGCAUCAAAAUCAGGUAAUAACAAUUAUAAGCGAAAUAAGUCACUUACGAAAGAGGAGAUUGAAGCUUAUUGGAGAUCAAAGCAGAAAACAGUUGAAGAACACCUUCAACACAUUACUAGCCUCUCAGACACCAAACAAGAUCAGGAAAUUAGUAGAAUUGAUGACGAGGAGAUGAACUACUGUGGUGAAAGAUAUGAGAGAUCAAGAUCUUUGGCUCUUGAAGAUAGAAAAGAGAGUGCUGAUGAGACAAGCAUUGAAAAUCUUAUCAAGAAAAAUGGCUGGUGGACUAAGAGUAACUGGGCCUUUCUAAAUGAAACACCGGCGUGUGAAGCUGCUUCCAACACCUAUGUAUCACAGUCCCAUAUAGCUGCUACUUUGUCGUCUCCCUCUAAAUCAAAAUCACAUGAGUCUCCUCAUGGAAUCACAACUAAUUAAUUAAAGCUCUCUCACCUUAAUCCUCAUCAUCAAUAUUAUUUCUAAUUAAUCCUAUAUGUAGAUAUAUAUAAUAUAAAGAUGUAUGUAUGUAUCAUAAUUAAAUAUGGUUGACGAAUAUCGGUGUGGAGCUCUAAGCUAUAGUACUAUAUAUAAUUUGUGUGUUUUAGAAAUUUAUAUGUAUAGAGUGCAGAAUUAAUAAAAUAUAUAUGCUUUAUAA